AUGAUGGUGAUGAAGGCAGCAGAUCUCAGCGCGGUGGAGACGCAUCACAUGACAUCAUCAGGAACAUCCUGCAGCAGCCCAAAUGUGAGACGCAGACGUCUGCGAUGAACUGCGCACCUGUCCAGCAGGAAGAGGGGGAUUAUGGGACACUGGAGCCCAGCAUUCAGUCCCUGGAAGAUUUCGUCCAAAGCAUCAUCCAGAAGGUCAAAUGUGAAAUAAAUGAAGAUGCUGAGCCCUCUGUGAGCCGCUCGUUCCAGACGCUUCCAGCAGACCCGGAUCAGAGAGUGCAGUGGUUUAAGACGGAGACGCGUCCGAGGCCUCGCUCCUGUGACACCAGCAGCAGCUGUGAGCUUCAGUCUCUGCAUCUGGACACCUUCAGCAUCACACAGAGAGUCAAAGAAACUCUCACCCUCAACAACAUAGGUCAGCGAGUGUUUGGCGAAGAGGUUUUGGGUUUAACUCAAAGCUCUGUGUCUGAACUGCUGUCGCACCCCAAACCCUGGACUAAACUCAGUCUGAAGGGAAAAGAGAACUUCAUUCGGAUGCAUCUGUGGCUCCAAGACCCUCAAAACAUCCAGAAGCUCAACGCUAUGAAGAAGAGGGACCACAGAGCUCGUCUCAAACGUGCUCUGAUCGGAUCAGACUGUGAUUCACAGAGUUUGUGUGAUCGCUGGAGACGGUGUGAGGUGAUGAAGAGGCCGCGUGUCAUCCUCAGCGCUCAGGCGAGAGAAGCACUGAUAGCGGUGUAUCAGACAGAGCCGUAUCCGUCUCCACACACCAUCGAGAGACUCGCAGCACAGCUAGGCCUGCACUCCAGCACCGUCAGCAACUGGUUCUACAACUACAGGUCUAGAAUUAGAAGAGAUGGUUUUUCAGAGCCAGUACAAACCAGAUUAUUUCAGAAUCCAGUUGGUUCUGGUCCGGUUUCAGCCAGGUUAGUCCGAAUCAAACAGGAGCCCAGUGAAGGAGAGAUGGACACAGAUCUGCAGAGAGAAGAGCACAAUCACAUCUCUGUCGGCGUACAGUCCGUCUUGAGCCUGAAGAGAGAGAAAGAUGAAGAUCUUUCUGAGCUGUGAGGUCACUGAGGACUUUAUCUGAACAACAGUGUUGAAAAAUCUCAGGAACAUCACGAGAUCGUCUCCCUGCUUGAGCUCUAAAUUUGACCAUUACAUAAUGUCAGUCUUUUUUUUCAGAUUUUUUUUUAUCAUGAUUUAGUUAAUUUAAUUAGAAGGUAA